ACCCAGUCCUCAUUCCUCCUAAAAAGAGGAAAGAUAAAAACCAGACACCUCCAUCACUUGGGGGGAAAAAGAAGCAGCAGCAAAGAAAACAGCACUGGCCAUGGCCAACACCUUCAAGAUGCUCUCACUACUCCUAACCAUUACUGUUGCCAUCACCACCACAACACAAGCGCAGAGCCCAGCAAUGGCACCAUCGUCAUCCCCAUCCUCCUCCAUCAUCUCCGAGGGGCCGAUGUUGUCUCCAGGCUCGGCAGGGGCGCCCAUGCCCGGUAUGGACUGCAUGAACGCUCUACUGAACCUGUCGUCGUGCCUGACGUAUGUCGAGGCCGGAAGCAACCUGACAGUGCCGGAGACCGGCGGGGUCAAGAUCGACACUUCUAAGGCUCUCAUGUUGCCUAAAGCCUGUAAGGUCCAGACUCCCCCCGUCAGCCUUUGCUCAGCUGUUGGAGUUCCAGUUGCAAGCCCGAUGGGCCCUUCAGCAGCUCCAGCAAGUGGAGGUCCAGAGGUACCAGGAUCUACUCCGAUCGCAGCUCCAGCAGGUUCCACCUCCGGCAACACCGCCAGAGCCACCUCCACCCUUGUAACCCUCAUCAGCCUCCUCCUCACCUUAGCCAUCUUCUUCUGAGCUCCACCAAAACACUUUCAUUCUUUUUACAUGUAUGUGACUUCCUACCUACACAUAAAAAAAGACCGUUUAAUAAUUUGAACACUGUUUUGAUGUAUUAUUGUUAUUAUUAUUAUCAUUGUUAUUGUCUUGUUAUUGAUUUGGACAAAACUUGGUUUGGUUGGUGGAUUGUGAGGGUGGGUGACUUGUGAUGAAUAAAUGUUGCAUUAAAAAGAGUA